AUGGACGAAGCCAGUGAAAAUUGUGAAGAAACUACAAUUGAUCAAGAAGGAGACUUUGAUAUAUUGACUUUUGCUACCAAAGAAAGAUUUUAUAAACUUGGUUCUUCAAUAUUAAGAAAAAGUGGUGGUGGGAUUUUUAAACGUGGAAUAAAAGAUUUCGAGCCGGACGGGUCAAUUCGGCAAAAUGACUUGUUAACUGAAUCAUUAAAUACCUUGCAAAAUUUUUUACAAGAGGAAAGAAAACAAGUUUUUACUAAAUUACAAAUAAUCCAGAGGUGUAAUAUUGAUCUACCAAUGGAUAAUGAUCAAAGAUCUACUUAUACCAUAGAUUUUCACGUUUAUAAACAAUCUGAUAACAAUAAAUAUAAAAAGAAAAACCCCGGAAUGCCAUUUUUUCACGUAGUUGUUGCCUGCGCCGAAUCAGAUCAACCACCAGUUCUUUCAACGCUUGAAAAUUUAUUCAAAACCGGAAAUUCUAGCGUGUUAUUUGCAGUGGUUGAUG